AUGCCUUCUGACAACGAGGAGAUGAGUUCACUUGCGCAUAGAGUGUCGUCGCUCCGAAAUUGUAGAGAGAAUCCAAAGGCGUUUCCAUCGUCGCGAUGGAAGGAGAACUUGAGGGCUUCCUGCUUGCAAAAUGCAAGGAAAAGGAGGCGAGAACUGUUGAUGAAAAGGAGACUCAGAAAUGACGUUUCACAUUCUCGCUCUCCCGGGGCAUCGGCAGAAGAUGUGCUUAUGGAAGUUCUCAAGGAACGUAAUACAGUAAUGACACCGCAUACAAGUGAUAUCAAGUUUGAAGGGAUUAUCUCUGCUUCGCCGAGCGAAGAACUUGAUCCCGACUACGGAACAACAAAAGUGCACUCGGAUCCACGAAACAUGCAAGACACCUUUUCGGACUGGGACGGUCACAAUUUGACGGACGAUGACCUUUACGACAUAUUGUUGGAGAUAGAAGAAGAGUUGAAAGUGGACGACGAGAUGCUGCUGGAGGAAGUGUUGGAAGAAGAGCGAACGUCACUCGAAUAUCAAGUCAAUGAAUAUGAAGACUGGGAAUAUGAUAUGGAUGAAGAAGAACGAGUCGUCUGUCCCCUUUGUACUGCGAGCUAUCUCCGAUUGUCACCAACAGGCGACAUCUGCUGUAGUGACAACUACUGUCCGAUGCGCGUUAAGCCAAACGAUCAAAGCAAGCCACUUCUAGCAUUCAAGAAUGAUUUGGGAAGGAUAUUUGAGGAGCAUUCUAGAAAUUGCAAUGAUCAGCUGGUGCUCCGUGUAUGCACAAAUGAAAACGGGAUAACGUUGGUGAUGUCAUGUAAUUCUUGCGAUCAAUGUUGUCAAUUCUGA